GAAAGUGAGUAAGAUUACGGCACCGUAACCUAGAUGAUUACAAAAGGGGAAACUGCUCAGACUAGAACCUGACUGGAGAUAAACUCUCCCAAAGGUUAAGCGCAUGCAAUAAAUAUCUCCAUCCCUGCCAUUGGCCCAGCGCGCUCUUAGCUGUGAACGGGCCAAUCUAGAAAACUCAGGACCCGUAUUUCUCCUCCCCUUUGCAAACCAGCGUUUGUACCCUGGGGCUUCAUGGGUGCCUUCACACCAGCCUGAAUGAGAGUGGUUCGGAGCAUCAGCUGAAGAGGGACAGUGCUUUUUAUAGCCUGCCGAGCCUUUGUGGAUAACAGUUCUUCUAAGGUAGCCACCGUUCCAACGUCAGCACUAAAGGAGCCGUGUGGUUACACUGCCAGCCCUUUAAUUGCUAUAAGUGUAGCAAACUAGUUCGAUUUGUCAUUCAGCUGUUGUCGACAGGAAACCACUAACAGCAGUCAACUGACAACGCCAUGAAGAAUUAGGGUUUCUCUUUCUAUGUGCUUUAAGGAUUAAAACUUAUCAAGGGGAGCUUAUGUUCUUAAGUACGCACCCUGCAAGGGAUUCUUUAACUCUGGUGGACAACUAGGAUCGAGUGGGCUAUGGUUUAAUCUGAACAAAGGAAUCACCAGGAUGGGCUUGCUUGGGAGCAAAAACCAGCUGACAUCCAAUGAGAAAUGCACUUCAAAACACAAGAGUAAACCUCCUCCUGCCCCACCCAAGGGCAGACAAUUUAUCAACAUCCCUCAUCUAAACCAAGCCUCUGUACAAGAAAACGUCAUUGUGAUUGCGCUGUACGACUUUGCUGCCUCAAGUGACCGGGACCUGGAGCUGGUCAAGGGGGAGAAACUCCAAGUCCUCUCCAACGAGGGGGAGUGGUGGCUGGCAAAAUCCCUCAGCACCGGGAAGAAAGGCUACAUCCCCAGCAACUUCGUCGCACAAGUGGACAGCUUGGAAGAAGAAAAGUGGUAUUUUAAAACUCUGAGCAGAAAAGAUGCUGAACGGCUGCUGUUGUCUUCUGGUAACAAAGUUGGCUCGUUCCUUGUCAGAGAGAGUGAGACCAGCAAAGGUGCCUAUUCCUUAUCUGUGAGAGACAGCGACUCUGCCCACGGGGACAUCAUCAAACACUACAGGAUCCGCUCCUUGGAUGGCGGGGGUUAUUACAUCUCCCCCAGGACAACGUUCGCCAGCCUGCCAGAGCUAAUCCAUCAUUACAGCCAGAAGGUAGACGGCCUGUGCCAGAGGCUCACAGCUCCCUGCAUAUCCCUGGUUCCCCAGAGGCCCUGGGCACAGGACGAGUGGGAGAUCCCGCGGGAGUCUCUGAAACUUGUGAAGAAGCUCGGCAGCGGGCAGUUUGGGGAAGUGUGGAUGGGCUACUACAAGAACAACAUCAAGGUGGCUGUGAAGACCAUGAAGGAGGGCAGCAUGGAUCCUGAUGCCUUCUUGGCAGAGGCAAACCUGAUGAAGAGGCUCCAGCAUAACAAGCUGGUCCGGCUAUAUGCGGUAGUCACGAAGCAGCCAAUCUACAUCGUGACAGAGUACAUGGCCAAUGGGUGUUUGCUGGAUUACUUGAAGACAGAGGAAGGAAGCCAACUGAAUCUCCCAAAACUCAUUGAUAUGUCUGCUCAGGUGGCAGAGGGGAUGGCGUACAUCGAGCGAAUGAAUUCCAUCCACCGCGACCUGAGAGCCGCCAACAUCCUCGUCUCGGAGACGCUCUGCUGCAAAAUUGCUGAUUUUGGCCUGGCCAGGAUCAUCGAGGACGAAUACUUGGCACAAGAAGGGGCUAAGUUCCCGAUCAAAUGGACGGCGCCGGAGGCCAUUAACUUUGGAGUUUUCACCAUCAAAUCUGACGUGUGGUCUUUUGGCAUCCUCCUGACCGAAAUCAUAACCUAUGGCAGGAUCCCUUACCCAGGGAUGACCAACCCCGAGGUGAUUCGCAACCUGGAGCGGGGCUACCGCAUGCCCUGCCCGGACAUGUGUCCUGCCGAGCUCUACAACAUCAUCCUGAAGUGCUGGCGAAACAAGCCCGAGGAGCGCCCGACCUUUGAGUACCUGCAGUCGGUCCUCGAGGACUUUUACACGGCCACGGAGAAGCAGUACGAGCCGGAGCCGCAGCUGUAGGCCACGGUCCCACCAGCACCUGGGGACAGGGCUGGGGGGAAGCCACCGUCCCACACAGCCCCGUGGUGGCUCUCGUCAGGCCUUUCCCUUUCUCCUGAGUGAUGCCAGGAUGCGUUUGGAGAUGGGGAAGGAGCAGGGAGGUGAGGGGAGGUGGCUGCUGCCAGCUCUGUCACUGUCACCGAGACUGAAGAGGAGCUGGUGCAGCUCCUUCCUCCUAGGCCUUGGAGGAUUGCUCCCAAUGAGGGACUCUGCUGUGACCUUCUGCUGCCUCCUUCCUGACCCACCUUGGGGGCAGAAAAGCCUCUCAGCCCCCCUAGCUGCCAUCCCUCUGCCUCCAAAAAGAGGGGAACGUGGCCGGGAGCGGGGUACGAGGCGGCUGCACAAUGUCCCCCCCAUGCUGAUGCCACCACUGGCAUUACUACAGCCCCUUUCACGCCACAGGCAGGGGUGAGAUGUGUCCUCUCUGCACCUCCAUGGGCCAUGCCAGGCCCCCAGGCUCUGGAGCAACCCCUCCAUGUGGUGCCAACCCCAAAUCCGUAAUAAAGAACUGGAUACGA